AAAAGUUUCAGGGGCACUAAUAAGAAGUUUUUAUUUUUCAGGGCCUUAAAUGCAAUUAUUGAAACUUGUCAAACGGCCGUGCGGAUAAAGACUUGGAAUCUCGCACGGCCGUCCGAGAAGCGGACGAUGCUACUGCCCAAAAUCAGCAUUUCACACGGCCGUGCGGAUUUUAGGCCAAAAUCUCGCACGGCCGUCCGAGAUUCAAAGGGGCCACUGUACAAAUUGACAGUUUGGCACGGCCGUGCGGAUUUUAGGCCAAAAUCCCGCACGGCCGUCCGAAGGGAAAAACGGGGCAUUUUAAAUAAGGGUUUUCAAAACCCCAAUUUUCACAAAUUCCAAACCCUCUUUCUCUCCACUUCGAACUCUCCCCCCUAUUUUUAAAUUUUUCGAUUUUCUUGACAAAUUUCACCAGAAAUUCACCAAUUGCACACACAUAAUACGUAAACUUAGUUGUUUGUUGCUAAUUUGUGCAGGGGGGUUCAAGAAAAGUGCAAAUUUCUCCAAAAAUCCAUUCCACCAAGAACGCCCACAAGGUGUUCGACGAAUUGUCCGACUCAAGUUUGGGGGAAAUUUUGCAAAGCAAUCCACUCCUAAUCCCUUCUACACACAUUCUCAAGUCAUGGGGAAACGAGGACGUGACGGGGAGGGCACUUCACAAGGCGAGGGAACUUCAAAAGGCAAGGGGAAGGGCAAGAAAACCGACCAAAUUCCGACACCCGACGAUGACGCUUUUUGUGUCGAAGGCGCUAGUGCUCGUUUCGAGAAGCAAAAGGGGAAGAAACUAGUAACGGAGCGUGCCUACGAGAUCACCCUUCCACAAUUUGCCCCGUUACAUCAAGAAUUCCUACGACGAUGGUGGCAAGCACUAUUGGAACCGGAGGGUUCGAUCAACCUAUCAUUGGUCCGCGAGUUCUACGCCAACAACCAUAUACACCUCACAGAGGAGCGGAACGUGAGCACGGUUCGAGGCAAGAGGGUCGAGUGGAAUGCCUACGCAAUCAAUUCUUUCUAUCACCUCCGACACAGGACACCAUUCAAUUGGGGGCAAAUGCAACUUGCGGUCACACGAGAUCAAAUCGCCGAGGUGUUGUGCGAUGGACCCCCCAUUUGGUCCGAACUAUCAACCGAAGAAAAGUACGAGUUAGAGUGGAAAUGCAUCAACCAAGUAGGCAAGGCGUGCCUUACGUUCAUUUGUGCCAACCUCAUUCCCACCCGCUCGUGGACUCGCGUGGACCCCGAACGGUGCGCUUUGGCAUACUACAUCCUCAAGGGCACCCCGAUCAACAUUGGCGCAAUCAUAUCCGGCCGAUUUUGGACCUCCAUGGUCAACAACUCCAAGGGAUUUUAUUUCCCUUGCCUCAUUACCGGCUUAUGCAAAAAGGCGAAGGUCCCAACCAAACCGACGGACAUUUUCACAUCAAUUCGAAAUCCGAUGAACGACCUUGCGGCCCGGCAAUACAAGGCACCCAUCCAAGAUGGCGAGCAACCCGUCGAGAACCAACCAAUAGCUCCACCCGAGGGUCCAAGCACAAGUUCGGACCGACGAUUUCAACGAAGAAUGGCGCGAGAGUUGGUGAUCACGAGAAAUCGGCUUGCAACGGUGGAGCACAAGGUGAGCACUAUCGAAUCCCUCCAACGGUGGUCGGGAAAGAUGCUUCAAGCCAUUGUACGCCAUUUGGCAUGUGGCAAUCCCGAGUGCGAAGAACCGGCUCUGUUGCCCGCACCGAUUCUUGAGCCGGUACCCGAGCUUUCGGAUGAUGACGGAGAUGGUAAUGCUCAUGCGCAAGGCGGAGUUGACGAGCAGCCCAACGAUGGUCCCGACGCGUAA